ACCCGGAUGUUCAUGGUGUGUUUCCACAGGCUAAUGCUAAUGCGCUUCCUCUAUCGCCUUUAUCCAUGAGAUGUUUCUAGCAUUAAGAUAAAUCAAUAUGGCAGCGCUAUGAAACCUGACUGAACCUGUUAUCCAGCUAAAGAUUGUGAAGAUGCUGAGUGACUCAGAGGCUGCAGAGUUACUCUCGUUUCUGACUUGUCACACUCGUCUGGACGUCAAAGCCCAGGCGAUGGAGUGCAUUCUGGGAUUGUCUGGACACCGGGAUGGCCGUCGUUUCCUCCACUCCAAACCUGACAUACUGUCUGCCCUCUUUGAGAUGACCUCUGACCCUUCUGUUGCCAUAGUGAAGGACUGUUUCCAUGUCUUCAUCAACCUGUCAGCUGAUGAGACACUGCACAAGGUGUUGGUGUCACAGGUGUGUGUUCUCCCAUCGCUUCUGAAGAACCUGGUUGAUCCAGAUUACCUGUUCUCAGAUCAGAUCUGCACCAUCUUAUCCAACCUGAGCCGCCAUGAACAGACCUGCAGGACCGUGUACCCCGUUCUACAGGAGCAGGUGGGCAUGGCCAAGCUAGUGGAAGUUUUCUGUGAUGAAGGUUACAACCCAAAGGCCAACCUCCAUUACAUAGGUCCACUUCUGUCCAACCUGACGCAGCUACAGGAUGCCAGGAACCAGCUGAUGGACAGGCAACGGUGUGUUGUUCAGAGGUUGUUACCCUUCACUCAGUACCAGACGUCAGCUGUGAGGAGGGGCGGAGUCAUCGGAGCGUUACGUAACUGCUGCUUCGACCACGCUCAUCAUCAGUGGUUGUUGAGUGACUCUGUGGAUGUCCUGCCCUUCCUCCUGCUGCCAUUGGCUGGACCUGAAGAGCUUACAGAUGAGGAGAACCAAGGUCUGCCAAUAGAUCUGCAGUACCUUCCAGAGGACAAGAAGAGAGAAGAUGACCCUGAUAUCAGAAAGAUGCUGCUGGAAACGCUUUUACUGCUGACAGCGACCAAAGUUGGCCGACAGACCCUGAGAGAUAGGAAUGUUUAUCCUAUCAUGAGGGAGUUUCACCGCUGGGAGAAAGACGUCCACGUCAGCGCAACCUGUGAGAAACUGAUACAGGUGCUGAUUGGAGACGAGCCAGACCCAGACCUGGAAAACUUAAUGGAGGUUCAGAUUCCUGAAGACAUAGAAGAAAAACUGAAGGAGGCCUAUGCCAAAGAACAGGAGGAGCUCAACAAGGAGGCAGAGGAGAACAAAAGACAGGAGGACAGACGGACAGACGAGAUGGAUAGAUAGAAGACAGGAGACAGGUGGAUGGACAGAUAGAAGACAGGAGGAUGGACAGAUGGACAGACCAGAUGGACAGAUAGAAGACAGGAGGAUGGACAGAUGGACGGACCAGAUGGACAGAUAGAAAACCUCCUCUGGAGGAUCACUGUUCUCUGUAUUCUUUUAUUCAUCUCCAUGGUUCUGUCAAUGGUUCUGUCCAAGUUUCUUUCCAUGGUUCUAUUCGUGGUUCUGUGCAUGGUUCUGUCUGUGGUUCUUUCCAUGGUUCUGUCCAUUCUGACCCUAACAGUGUAACUACCAGAAUCAUUUGUUUUCUAUCAUUAAAAGUAUGUGUCCACAUGCAGCU